ACGCCCCACCCUAUGUCCAAGGAGUCCUGGGGAGAGAGUAUGGGGGAGCUGCCUAGAACCUGGGGAAGGGGAGUCUGUACGAGAGGUGAUUGUGGAUCCCUGGCGGUAGCGGCGGCGGCGGCGGCGGCGGCGGCGGCGGCAGCAGCAGCAGCAAAAGCAGCGGUUGUGGCAUUCUUAGCCGCGGCAGCCCCGGCUCCACCUGGGGCUAGAGCGGCACAGCAGACAAUAAAUAACCGGGUAGGGAGCUGUACCGGGACGGACCACACUUCCUGACUGAUGAUGUUAUAACACCACCUGGAAGCCUGAGGCUACACUACCACCUGAACAUUCCUGAGUUUUCCCCAUCACCAUGGAGACUCAAAAGAAUGAAGCUGCUCAGACCAAGGGAGCGGCAACUUCUGGGGAUAACCAGGACCAGGAGGCAGAGAAGGGAGCCAAGAACAAGACAGAUGCGGUAACAGAAGGGCCAGUGUCAGAGCGAUGUUCAUCUGGCCCAGGUAGACUGAAGAAAACUGCCAUGAAACUUUUUGGUGGCAAAAAGGGAAUCUGUACUCUGCCUAGUUUCUUUGGAGGGGGACGAAAUAAAGGUUCUGGAAAAAGCAGCUCCAAGAAGAGUUUGAGGAAAAGCAAAACACAUGAUGGCCUGAGUGAAGUAGCCCAUGGCCCUAAAGAUGUCAGUGAAGGAACUGGCUUCUCCCUACCUUUUCCUGAAUCACCCUGCCGAUUUCCCAGCUCCCAGAGUGCCCACGGGGCUUUGGAGAUAGACUACAGGCAUAAAAAAUCUGUGGCUGGAUCCACCAAAAAAGCUGGAGUUGACAAGCUGCCCCCUGUACCAAAGCCAAAGAAAGGCCUAAAAGGUUUUUUUAACAGUAUCCGCCGUCACCGAAAGAGCAGGAUUGCUGGUGCUGAGCAAAGUGAGCCAAAUGCCAAGGCAUCUGAGGGGGCAAGAGCUAGAUCUCAUGAGCAUGUGAGCUCAAGCCCUCUCCCAUGCUCUGAAGAGACCUGCCAAGCCACUACAAAGGAAAAUGCCAAACCCCAAGCUGUUCUGGGGCCAAAAAUUUCUCCAGCACCAGAGCCUUCUUCACCAGCUACUGAGAAGAUAGCCUGUAAAAAUCUAGAAAAAUCCAUAGGGAUCUCUGCCUCACCACUUGUGCUGCCCAAGCUUGCCCCUGAAUCCAGUAUCCUAGAGGAGUCCCACAGGCAAACAGGGGAAAAGAUAAUAGCAGGAGAGCUAAAUCCACCCAACGGCCCCAUGGGGGAUCAGUUGAGCCUCCUGUUUGGGGAUGUCACAUCCCUGAAAAGCUUUGACUCAUUAACAGGUUGUGGUGAUAUUAUAGCAGAACAAGACAUGGACAGUAUGACAGACAGCAUGGCUUCUGGGGGUCAGAGGGCCAACAGAGAUGGGACCAAGCGAAGUUCCUGCCUGGUGACCUACCAAGGAGGUGGAGAAGAGAUGGCCUUGCCGGACGAUGAUGAGGAAGAGGAAGAUGAGGUAGAAUUAGAGGAGGAAGAAGAAGUCAAGGAAGAAGAUGAUGAUGACUUAGAGUAUCUAUGGGCAAAUGCCCAGAUGUACCCAAGGCCCGAUUUUAACCUGGGUUACCAUUCCACCACAUCCCCAGCCCAUCACGGAUACAUGCUCCUUGACCCAGUUCAGUCCUACCCUGGUCUAGCCCCUGGGGAACUUUUGACUCCUCAGAGUGACCAGCAAGAGUCUGCCCCCAAUAGUGAUGAAGGUUAUUAUGACUCCACUACACCUGGAUUUGAGGAUGAUUCAGGUGAGGCCCUGGGGCUUGUCCAUAGGGAUUGCUUACCCAGAGACAGCUAUAGUGGAGAUGCCCUAUAUGAGUUUUAUGAGCCAGAUGACACUCUUGAGAACUCUCCACCUGAGGAUGACUGCCUUUAUGACCUCCAUGGUCACAGCUCUGAGAUAUUUCACCCCUUCUUGAACUAUGAGCCCUUUUCUUCCUCUCGGCCACCUGGGGCAAUGGAGACAGAGGAAGAACGGCUAGUGACCAUCCAGAAACAGUUGUUGUACUGGGAACUUCGUCGGGAGCAGCUUGAGGCCUGGGAGACAUGUGUUCAAGAGGCUCAUGUGAGGGGCCCCCACACCAGAAAGGCCUACACUCAAGAGGAUCAUGCCAUGGAGGCAUGUGCCCGAGGGGCUCACACUUGGGAAGCUCAUGCCAGGGAGCCCCGAACCCGAGAAGCCAAGGCCCCAGAGGGUCGUCCCCUAGAAGCUCAAGUCCAAGAGGCCCAGGCCCAGCAGGAGAAGCCUAUUUUGGAGUAUCAGAUGAGGCCCUUAGGCCCAUCAGUGAUGGGCCUGAUGGCGGGAACAUCAGGAGCCUCUCAGACUUCCCACCAAGGAACCACCUCAGCUUUCCCUGCCACUGGGAGCAGUGAGCCAGACUGGAGGGACUUCCGUCCUCUGGAGAGGCGUUUCGAGAGGACCUGCUCCAAGAAAGAUCAAAGUACCUGUCUGAUGCAGCUUUUUCAGAGUGGUGCCAUGUUUGAGCCAGACAUGCAAGAAGCCAAUUUUGGAGGCUCUCCCAGGAAGGCCUACCCUACUUAUUCACCCCCUGAGGAACCAGAAGAAGAGGAGAUUGAGAAAGAAGGAAAUGUCACUGUGAGUUUCUCACAGGCCCUAGUGGAGUUUACUAGCAAUGGAAACCUUUUUUCUAGCACAUCUUGCAGCUCUGACUCUGACUCCUCCUUCACUCAAAACCUCCCUGAGCUGCCCCCCAUGGUGACCUUUGACAUAGCUGAUGUGGAGCGGGAUGGGGAAGGGAAAUGUGAAGAGAAUCCUGAGUUUCACAAUAAUGAAGACCUUGCAGCCUCCUUGGAAGCUUUUGAGCUGGGCUAUUAUCACAAACAUGCUUUCAACAACUACCACAGCCCAUUCUACCAAGGCCUGUCCUGGGGUGUAAGCAGCCUCCCUCGAUACUUAGGGCUACCUGGCAUGCAUUCUCGACCUCCACCUGCAGCCAUAGCUCUGAACAAGAGAAGCCGCUCUCUUGACACAGCAGAGACCCUGGAGCUGGAGCUCUCUAAUUCUCACUUGGCCCAGGGCUAUCUGGACUCUGAUGAGCUUCAGACCCAGCAGGAAAAUUCAGAUGAAGAAGAUGAAGAGGAGGGAGAAUGGGGCCGAGUCAGUCCCCUGUCCCUCUAUACUGAACCCCCAGGGGCUUACGACUGUCCUACCUGGGCUCUCCAUCCUCUUCCAGUGAGACCAGGGCCUGCCUGGAUAAACCCCAGCCAGUUGGAUAGGCAUUCCAGCCAGUCUCUGUAUGGGCAGGGAGCCUGUUGUGUACCUCCUGUAGCCAUGUCAGUGUCAGUGCCAAGGCCAGAGCCAAUAGCACCUGGGGAAUGUAGGCCUCAGUUAGCCCGGCCUUCACACCUACCACUGCCUAUGGGCCCUUGCUAUAACCUCCAGCCACAGGCCUCUCAGAGUGUGAGACCCAGGCUUCAAGAUGUGUUAGUGCAUGUUGAUGAGCCCAGUAGCUCCUCCAGUACUGGAGGAUUCAGCUCUGGCCCUGUGCAUCAGGCUAAACCUGUGGGCAUCACUCAUGGCAUCCCUCAACUGCCUAGGGUCCAGCCUGAAUCCCCCCAGCCUCAGCCCAGUCACUACAGGGCUUCCAACCUUGACCUGCCAAAGGAGAAGACUGAGCAAGGUGCCUCUCUUCCCACCAGCUUCUCUUCCACUGCUAUGAAUGGAAACUUAGCCAAGUAGUCAUCAUCAGUUCUGGAGUGGAGGCGUGGGACCUGAGCAUGUGAAUGGGGAUCAGGGGUUAGGCAGAAGGGUGGGGUGGGGAUUGCUGUUUAACUUGAAAAUCCUUUUGUCAAGGAAAACCCCUCUGGGUUUUCACCUUUGUUUUCCCCUUUCCCACUUCUGCCAUCUGUGGUCACAUUCAGCUCAAGUACAUCUGCCCAGAAAGGCUACUGCUGCUGUGCUUGUUUUUGUUUUCAGGAUUUCUUCUUGUGACAAGUGCAGGGUUCGGGAUGCUGUAAUUUUGUGCCUAUUCAAAUUUCCAAGUUAGUGAUUAUAUAUAUCAUUCAUCCUAGACAAAGGCUGAAUCCUUACCACCUUCACCCCCACCCAAUGAAUUAUGAAUUACAGUUUGCAGCCAAGUCUGUACUGCUUUUCACUUGGAGAUGGGGAGAGGCUGUUUGCUGUUAGCAAUGUGAAGUUAUAGUACAGAUCCUCCCCCUCCCAUUCAGCCUUGGCAUAGCUGUCAGCAUUACAUGAAGGGACUAUAAGCUAUUCAUUGCUGCUAGAUGUACUUAAGAUCAAGGAGCACGUAUCUCUCUGCCUAUUGCUGUGGACUUUGGCAUCAUCACAAUAUAGGGCCUUUUAACUUGGCCUACCAUAGUUUGGGUUGGAGACAAAAGCUAAUUCCCUUAACGGAGUGAUUAAUUUUGUCCAGUUGCAAACAAAGGUUAAAACAAAGUUUUAUUGUAGACACUGCCAUAGUCAUGAGCUCUGGAAUGAUAGUUUUUUCUUUGUUCUAUUAACCCUGUGACUGCUUGAGUUGCAGACAUUUUUGAAUUGUCACUUUUUCCUCUAAAAGUUUUCAUAAUCUCAUCACAGUUUUUUAACUGAGAUAAGGGAAGAAACAUAACCUAAAUUAGGCUUGGCUAUAACAGUUGGGGUGUUUGUGGGGUGCAGGAGAAGGGAAAAGGGUCCAUUUGUCCCAGCCAGCAAGAGAGAUUUCAUACUGUGGAGCUUGAGGCAGCCCAGCUACUUAUAAGGGAAAAUUGCUUCCCACACUUCCCCCCAAAACCAAAAAGUUCCAAACCUUGCCAAUUUCUUACUUUGGAUGCUAUAAAGAGGUUCCAGGCUUGCACUCUAACCACAGGAUACCAAAGGCAUCUCAGCUGCUGUUCCUAGCACACUAAAGAACUUUCGUCUCUCAAUUGGUCAAGUCCUUAGCAUCAUCAAAGGACCAGGCUUCUUGAGAGGAAAGACUGGUGUGCCCUCACGUACCAAGCUACAAGAUUCUGAUUUGUGUGGCAGUUUCAGCCCUUUAUGUAAUGAAUGGCACCCUCUCUUCUGCAUCCAUGCAUUUUUCAUGCUAAACUAGGUUGGAAAUACUGAUGAUGAAGAGUUUGCUAUCAGGAAGACAUUGUAACAGUCUAAUCUUUCCAGGCCCACCCUCUCAUUAAUCACCCAAAGAAAAGGUUACUUUUAAAUUUCUUUAUUGGGAAUGCCAUGGACAAUUUGUGUUACCUGGAUAUGUAGACCUAAAUUAUGAUUCUUGCCUCUUCUGCCUCUCCCUUUCAGCCAUCUUUAUGCCUGUUAAGAGAAGUCAACAGGGCUCUUGCCGUUCCUGAGAUAUGGCAAUUUAACCUUGGAACAGAUGCUGAUGACCCACUGAAUCAAGGUGAUUUUGUGGGCAAACUGUAGGUGAUAUAUUUAUCCAGGGUCUUUAUCAUGAUUCUCAGAUUAAGGCUGGUCCCAUAGCCUUCCCUGAAAAGAGCAGAUCAGUCUGGCAGGUGUUAUGUCCCUGGAAGUACCAUGUGAGUUUCCAUGGCUGCAACACCACACCUUAAGGGACUCAGACCUGCUCUCUAGGCUUACAUUGGCUACAUCAUGAAGAAAUGCAUCUGCCAUGAAGCAGGAGAAUGAAAGGAAAGUCCACUUCACCUCAGCACAGCAUUCUAAGAAGUUCCCGGAUUCUAGCCAUUUGGCCUCUUACCAAACCUGCUCUGGAAGGGUGAGGCUGAAAUUGGCAUGGCUAUUUCACAGGAACCAAACACCAAAUGCCUUUACAAUGGAGAAAACCCACCUCUUGACUCUUCGUUCAGGGCAGCUUGAGCUCCUAUCUGAAUGUGGACUGUGCCAGUCACACAGACAGUAGCUAACACCAGCCUCCAUAUCUUGCUAGAGAAAGCCCAUCAGCCAAUCUGGGGAGAGGGAAAUGAGGUUUUCAGCCUUUAGCCAUGGGCUGAGAGCUACCCUCGGUGUCAAGAAGGCAGCAAGCUGCACUGCCUUUGAGUGGAGCUGUCAUAACCUUCGUAUACUCUCCUGGGCUUUGGAAGGUUACACACCACAGAGUAGUACCUGGGGCUGAGUAGGAAUUCAUGGUUUGGACAUCAUUGCCUCCAAGUCCCUUCACUGCUCUAGCUAGACCAGGAACAGGUUCCUUAUCACCCAAAGUGGGGCCAGCUAGGAUUCAUGGCUACAGAAAUAUGCCCCUUUGAGUCUCUAGAGCUCAGAAGUUCAUGACCAAAUGCCAGCUGCAUACUUGAGGAGGAGCACAGAAUGACAAUGGGAGAAAAAAACCACAAAAUCUAGGCCUGUCCACAAGUGAACUACUGCUUGUUUGACAUGCACCAAAUACUACUAUGCCCCAGGCUACUAAAGGCAUUGAUAUCAUGUCCAUACCUCCUAGGCAGGCUGAGGCCAGAUGAACACCAUGACUUGAUUGCAAGGUCCCAGGAUAAUGCCUUUGGAUGUGACUUCAAGGGAAGGUGUGUCUUGAGAAGAGGUUGCUGCCCUCAUCUUGCUACCCAGUAGACCUAUUUAGUGUUUCAUAGCUCUAACCCAGAGAAUUCCCACAUGAGACCAAGUCCUUGAGGGACCAGUAAAUGUUGACAGAGAAGGCCACCUAGCAGGUCUCUAACAGGGCCAGGAUAAGAGCUUCUUGGUGCUUUAGAGUCUCCGAAGAAGCCCUUCCUGCUCAGAUGUAUUUAGCUUGGGUACCAGGCCACAAGUUUCCCAGGAUAAAGGCUUCAGCAAACACCAGUCUCUCCUGCCCUCAAGGAGGAAAGUAGCUUCCUACACUCAAAAGGCUGGAUGUGUGCCUUCAUGCUACUGCCAGUGGCUUUCUCAUAUGUGCUACCAUCCUACCUGCGCUCAGCCCCCAGGUCCAGUUGCUAGAGGAAGGCAUGAGGGCUUUAGCAGGGAGACUUCAAGUUUACCCAUGUGUAUGUUGCAUUCAAGUUGAUAUCCAAUUAUCUCUUUUUGUAUUGUUUGAAUUUUUUAUUCAUGGAAAACAAUGUCUACCAAUUGUUUUUUAAUAUAUUUUAUUUUUAAGCAGUGCUGUUUAUAGUUUUAAGCAAAAUGAAAGUUGAACACAAAAAAAAGUUACUUAUGCAGAGGGCUGGUAUCUCACCUGCCUAGGAUCCUCCUCUUCAUUCCCCUCUCCCCACUCUUGCUGUAACACACUGUUUAUUCCCUCCCCACCAUGAUAGGAGCAGCAAGUGUCCAAGUACUGAAGACAAAUGCUAGGUACCUAAGGCAUGUGGAACCUGGUAGACAGUGUGUUGUUUUAUGGCUUUAUGUUUUCCCUUUGUAUCUUUCCUUUUGUGUACACCUUCUGAGAGUACUCAUUUCUCUCUUUUUUCUUUAGGUUUCACACUUCCACUUUGAAACCAUUGUGCCCUUGUACUAUUUGUCAUAUUGAGCUUUUCCAAAGGAGCAUUUUGGAAACAUUUUCCACCCAGGGAAGGAGGGCAGGGGUUUUAAGCACACCCCUUUCCUUAUGAUACUGGGAAAGACAGAUGGCAGUGAUGCUCCAACUAUCAGGAAUUAAUUUAUUAUCUCAUUAAGGAAAUCCUUGGAUGAGAUUUUCCUGGAGCUCAGAUUGUAGAUUAUGACACUUACCCAGAAGACUUUGAGGAACUCCUUGACCCCUCUUGCUACUUUGAGGCACACUCUUCCUGCCGCUGUUCCCCCUUCCCCACCCUGCUUCAGCUCAUAUGGGAUGGUACUUUGGGGGAACAGUGACUUUCAAGAUAAUGGCUUAUUGGCUUGAUCCUCCAUUUUUCCAUCUUACAGUCACUCCAAAGAAGAAAGUCCAUAUUGAUGUAUAUGUAUGAAUUUUGAGCCUAUUAAGAGAUGGGGCUUUGAUUAUUAUUCUUGUUACUAUUGGUGCUUAUUUCCACUGCCGGUAUAUAGGAGUGGGGUAGAAGAAGAAAACAGGAAUGCAUAUGUAGGUCAUGUUAAAAUAUCUUGGGGAAAGAGGGAGGAAAUUAGGAACUACAGUACAUCCUCGCCCUAGCUAUAAGAUUUCUCUUUCCCAAUGUAGAAAGGGGACCAUGGUCCCUUGCUGUGCCUGACCUUUCCCUUCCUUAUCCCUGAGGCAUUACAGAAUAACCUGGAUUGUGACCUCUCCACUCCUAGCUCUCAGCGACAUCUGGAUAUCUUGAUGCACUGCCUGUAUGUUACAACAUAUAUUUCUUUUGCUAAAUACUAAUAAAUUUGGGUUCAAGAGGGACCCCCCAUAA